CUUCAGUUGAAUUUGAAACGUGUUUGAAAGAUUCGGUUUGUUUUGUUUUAAAAAUAAAAUAUUGUACGUUUAGACUUAGUGAUUAUAAUAUAUGCUCAGCGGUUUAGAAAAAAACUGAUUUCAUAAUAGUACAAAUCCGAUUUCUACAAUAAUGGAUUUUGGUACUAGUACUGAAGGACUAUGUGCAGAGCUGAAACUAACUCAAGAGAAUACUACUUUACUUGAAAUUGUGAAGGAAUUGUGCAGUGAACCUAAUAGCAAGUUGUCUCCUAAACUAAAAGGAAAAGUGAGCAGAAUAAUAUCUGAGUGUGACUUGAAGCAUCACACUAGCUUACAAAGAGUCAGCACGGCAGACGAUACCACUUCCACUUUAUUAGGUUUUAUGCAUCAAACUGAAGCUGAGCUAACCUAUGACGAGCAAGUAGAACUUAAUCAAGCUUUCAUUGAUAAAAUUGAGAAGAAACUUCCAGAAUGUACAGCAGAAUUGGAACAACUGAAGCAAACUUCAGACUCUUGUAUUAAGUGUCGUGAAGAGCAAUUGAAAGAAUUAAAGGACAGAGAUAGCAAAUUAGAUCUUCUUCAAGAGCAAGAGAGUGAGAAGAUGGACCUAAUGAUGGAAUGGUUGAACUUCCGAAUCCAAGGAGUAUCUAAAUUCAGUGACAAUUCAAGUGAACUUCUUGCUUUAAAAACUAAGAUUUUGAAUUUGAAAUCUAAAAUUCUCCAUAUCCAAAUUCUACAGAACAUCUUCACUGAAACCAACCAGUCAAUUAAGGCAUACAACGAGAUCCACAAGGACCUCAAAGAAAGUAUUAAAGAAACAGAAAAGAAGAUCAAAGAUUAUAGAGAGAUCAUUGAGAAAGAUUUCAGUUGAAAUUGUAAGGUAUCUACCUACUAGAGACAUUUUAAUAAAUAAUUAUUACUGUUUUGAAAUCCCAAAAGGAUUUUAAAGCUGUCCAUUUUUAAACAUGCAAUUUAUGUUUUUAUAUAAAAGCUAACUAAAUAAUAAUAUGAUUUCAUAGUCACCCUCCUCUAUCAAGGGGGGGUGCAGUCUAGGUACCUGUGCAGUCUCGGUCUCAGCAGUAGGACAUAUUAGGCUUAUGUCAUAAUUACAAUGCAUUAAAGAUUUAAUAAUGUAUUGUCCCAUUUAAAAUAGUUUAUUAUGCAUUUCUGUAAACUGAUAAAUUAUUUGAAAUUAAAUUGAACUAAUGAUAUAAUCUCAUGAAAGUGAUUAUGGUGCUGUGUUUCACCAGCCUGCUUCUCAAAUGAAGAGCACUGGUUUGGUACCAGGCUCAGUACCAGAAUUGCACCAAUGAGUUAUUAAUUUAUCUUCAUUGCAUAUUUCACUAACACAGUUGAUUUAACCAUUGUAGAUGGUGAUACAGCUCACCGCUUAUCAUGUUAGUGUAACAGAAAGCUCAAAGAAGUAUGGACCUACACUUAUUCACCUCUAGAUUUAGCUCACAUACAUAUAUAAACAGCCUAUAUAUGUCCCACUGCUGGGCACAGGCCUCACCUCAAUCAACCGGAGGGAUGGAUUUACCUCUGUUUUGCCCAAUUGGCAAUUAUACCUGUGAGCUUAUGACAUUUCUCAUAUAUCAAAAGGAUUGUUUUAUUAAGUUAUAACUGCUUCUAUUUAGAAUGCACAAUUGAAUUUCAAUGUUUUUUUUUUAAUGAAGAUUUAUUGUCUUGUCCCAGGCUAUAAGGUUGUUUUGCUAGCAACUAAAUUAAUAACUUUAUACCUAUUAUGCAAAAGUGUGACUUUCACUCAUUGCAUAUUAUUUUAACUUAUAACUCACACAAUUUGUUUUCCUAUGUAACCUGUUUCAUUUGAUCAUUAAUUUAUAAAAAGAAUAAUAAAUUAUUUAUAAAUAAAA